CCUUGUCUCUAAAACUCUCUGUUGAUACUAACUGUGCGCUAGCCCAAGGAGAAGACCAGCAGCACUAACAGCACCACUGCUACCAACGAGACCAACAACAACAACAACAUCACCAACACCACCACCACCAGCAGCAGCCCUGCCGCUGCCGCCGCUGCUGCCGCUCCUGCUCCUGUCGAGACUUCCAAGGGCAGCAGCAGCAGCGGUGGCGCCUCUGCUGCGCCUGCUACCGCGACCGCCCCCAGCGCUCCCGCCACUAACCCGCCAACCACGCUGGCUGAGAUGUCUGAGACGAUCGACCAGAACACAUUCGAGCAGAUCCUCGAAAUGGAUGACGAAGGCGACAACGAAUUCAGCAAAGGGAUCGUGUUUGGAUUCUUUGAUCAAGCAGAGAGCACCUUCGAUAAAAUGGAGAAGUACCUAGCGGACAAGGACUUGGGCGAACUUUCUUCUCUGGGCCACUACCUGAAAGGUUCCUCCGCCACCCUGGGACUGAUUAAGGUGAAGGACGCCUGUGAGAAGAUCCAGCACUACGGAGCCGGCAAGGACGAGACCGGCACCAACGAUGAACCCGACCAAGAGGUGUCGCUUGAGAACAUUCGGAAGACCUUGACCCAGGUCAAGAAAGAUUACAAGGAGGUCGAGGAUUUCUUGCGCAGAUACUAUGGCGAGCCGUCCUCUUAAACCACAAUCCAGAAUAUCACUUCGAAAAACCCAGAAGACGAAGGGGCAAGGUAGAGAGAAGAGUCUGAAGCAAGCAGGCCGGGUUACUGUCAGUUAAACUGGAUGAUGCCGCGUGAGAGAGUGAGGCCACACACUCCGUACAAAAAGACCCAAUGCAAAAUCGAUCACAUACGAGCGGAGAGGUGACCACGAGCCAAAACACCCCCUCAAAAGGUAGUCUUUGCCAUCAAAGCUGCACCGCAAGCGAAGAGAAAGGGAAGGGUAUCAACAACAUCUGUUUGUGUUUUGUCUCAUGCACACCAUCAUCCACGUCAACGUCAUGAAUCAUCAUGAGG